AUGUUAGGCUGUGUUGCAUUGAACCCUGAUCAGACUAAUCGAGGUCUGGCCCGCCGCCUAUCCGCCUAUGAGUGGACCGCCAUCCAUGAUCUCCAGACGGCGUACGAAUCCAGCUUUGUCGAUUCUGAGGAUGAUAACUGUCCCCAACGCGGAGACAGUCUGACGUUGUCCAGUUUGAUAAACACAUCUGGAUUUAUAGUGCGAAAAAUGAUAAUAUUCGCUAAAAAACUGGCUGAUUUCUCUUUGCUUAGCCAAGUAGCAAGUUUGAUCUAA